AUGGGCAGCCGUGGUAACACAACGGGCAGGACAUACGCGGCACGGUGGAGUUCGGAGGAAGACAAGAUACUUCUCGAGCAUGUGCUCUACAAUGGCACGUCGCAAUGGGCGUUGCUUCAACAGAGCAAUACGUUGGGACGUCAUCGAGACAGCAAGGCUUGUUGCAACCGAUUUUUGCUCCUAAAAAGAAAGUUCAUCCAAGACGCCAACAAAGCAGACUCCAUCGGUAGCACUCCCGGCUCCGGCACUGUUCCCAGCAUCAUGAGCGGCUGCGGCCUGGGCGGCGGCGUUGACUCGGACGACCCGUUUGACUCAGAGGAGUCGAUGAUGGACUUCCCUGUGCCGCCCAUGCCCGUGCACGAGAUCAUGCGCUGCCUGCACUCCUCCGCUGCUGAACUGGCUGCCGAAGACGCCGUCCCUGAUGCCGGCAACAAGGGCGCCGCUGAUGGUGCUGGUAACCCUACUGCCUCUGGUAACCCUACCUCUGACGCGCACGUCCUUGAUGCUCCUGCGCAUGGCCGAGCUAAUGCUGCUGCAAAGGACAAGCAAGAUGGAGUGGCAUCCUCAACAGGGAAGGCUCAAGGCGCUCCCCUGCUGAGCAGCUCUGCUUCCUGCACCAGUGCCUCUCCCCGAAGCUUCACACAUGCUGGAGCAGGGCUGGAGGCAGGACGGGAGACUGACAGCACUCCCAUGCUGCCAGCUAACUGCGCCUCUCCUCGAGGCUCCAUCCCUGCUGCUGCUGCAGGGCCGGCUUCAGCAGCCUCGUCCACUGAUUCGUCGCCGCUUGCAGCGGGUGCUACUACAAAGGCGGGGCAGGUAGCUGAGUCGUCCAGUGAUCGGGCGGACAGCAGAAAGUGCCUGGACGAGCACAACAAGGCCAUCAGUUGGUGCAUGCUCGUGUUCGCCCAUGCCAAGCGGUGGCGGGAGCAGAAGCAGAAGCGGCAGCUGGGUGCAGCCAAAGCAGGAAGGCCGAAGUCAAAGAAAGCACGGCACAGGCAGCAUGAACAACAGCAGCAGCCGCAACCGAAGCAUCCACCACUCCAGCAGCAGCAGCAGCAGCAGCAGCAGCAGCAGCAGCAGCAGCAGCAGCAGCAGCAGCUGCAGCCGCAGGGCCCACUACAGGUGCCACCACCAGUGGCACCCCUGGUGCAACAGACGACACCACAUCAGGUGUUGCUUCAGGUGCCACAGCAUGCGCUGGGUGUCACACAGCAAGCAUGCCCCCACUCUCACCCUCCUCUUCUGAACAUCAACCAGCAUUGCCAGUUCUCUGACCUCAAGCCCUGCAGCCGGGCCCUCAUCUCUGCUGCGCUGCAUCAUGACAUGCUCGAGACGGGUAAUCAGCUUGCUGGGUCUGGUGGGAGCAGCGUGGGAGAGAGUGAGUGGAGCAUGCAUGAUGAGGUGGGGAAAGAGGGUUUUUUGGAGGAGAUUGGACUCAGUAAGGCGCAACUCAGUAAGGUACAUAGUGCGGAUGGGAGUGAGAGCACCAGCUGCUUCAUGCAUUUCGACGAUUUUCUGGGCACAAGCCCGGGCAGGGAUGCAUGCGGUGGCAGACCGGAGCAUGAAGGCAAAGAGAGGCUUCAGAGUGCUCACUGGUGGGAUGAUCUCUUUCCAGAACUGCUGUAG